GGCUCGGCUGAAACCUGGGACCAGCAGCCGGGGCCGGGGCCGGGGCCGGGGCCGGGGCCAUGGCGGCGGACGGGAUGGAGCAGCGGGAGCUGCAGUACGAGCAGACCUUGAUGUAUGGGCGCUAUACACAGGACCUGGGGGCCUUCGCCAAGGACGAGGCAGCUCGCAUCCGGGUGCAGCAGGAGCGCUGGAAAGCUUUCCCCAGGGAGCGCCUGCGCCCCCCAGAGCUGCUGGAGUACAGCCAGAGCCGCUGUGCCCCUUGCCGCAUCUGCACCGUGCGGUGCCAGAAGUUCCUCAUCUCCAAGGUGGGCGAGGACUGGAUCUUCCUCAUCCUGCUGGGGCUGCUCAUGGCGCUGGUGAGCUGGGCCAUGGACUUUGCCAUCGCCACCUGCCUGCAAGCCCAGAAGUGGAUGUACGGAGGCCUGGAUGCCAACAUCUUCCUGCAGUACAUGGCCUGGGUCACCUACCCCAUGGUGCUCAUCACCUUCUCCGCCGGCUUCACCCAGAUCCUGGCCCCACAGGCUGUCGGCUCGGGUAUCCCCGAGAUGAAGACCAUCCUGCGGGGCGUGGUGCUGAAGGAGUACCUCACCCUGAAGACCUUCGUGGCCAAGGUCAUUGGCCUGACCUGUGCCCUGGGCAGCGGGAUGCCCCUGGGCAAGGAGGGCCCCUUCGUCCACAUCGCCAGCAUGUGUGCCGCCCUGCUCAGCAAGUUCCUCUCCCUCUUCGGGGGCAUCUAUGAGAACGAGUCCCGCAACAUCGAGAUGCUGGCGGCUGCCUGUGCUGUGGGAGUUGGCUGCUGCUUUGCCGCCCCCAUUGGAGGUAGGGCCCCGCGCUGGUCCUGGGCCCCACACACGCACACAUGCACGCACAUGCACACCCCCAGCAAUCAGGUCCCUGACACGGAGCCAGGUCGAUGCCAGGCCCCCUUGCCCUGGGCAGGUGUCUGCCUCCAGCUCCCUGGCACCCCACUCUUGGGGGGAGCCCAGACCCCCAGGCCUGUCUGGACACUGCGCAGGCUGGACCUGGCCCUGGUUCUGCUCCCCGAGGCGCUAGGGUCUCACCACAACCCCCAGGUAGCCUGGGGAGGGGGCAGCUGCUCCCCCCAUUCCUCUCUCCCCUGGGUCCACUUGGCAUCUAGAUCGCCCAGCUCUGACCUGCCUCCCCUCUUGCUCCCAUCUCUAACCUCAAGGGCCCCCAUGCCUUGUGUGGGCCCCGGCACCCCAGGACUCACUGCAUUGCAACCCCCAGGCAGCACCCAGCCCAGUGGGCCCCAGCCAGGCCUGGCCUCCAUGCCCAUGGUUGAGCAGCAGCUUGGGGCACUGUCCUCCCAGAGGUGUAAUGUCUGCUCCUUUCCCCUCCACUCUGCACUCCAGGGAGGUCCCAGCUCUGGCCCCAAGGCUCCCUCGCAGCUUUGCACUCCUAGGUUGGUGACGUGUCUAACUCUUCGCUUGUGCCCUCUGUGCUGCGCAGUGUCCUCGUCCGUCUGUGUGCGCGUGUCCAUCCCAUGGGCCCCAGCCAGGGCUGCCCCCUCAUGCCCCCAUGCUACCCUUUUGCUCACACCAUGCACCACGCUGCUCCCACUGGGGCACGGGCAGCCACAGGAGGGGGACCUUCUUCCCCCACUAACACCCCCCAGCUCCGUGGCCCCCCAACACCUGUGUGGGUGCACUCCUAACCCAGCCUGGGUGGUUCCCAUGCAGCAGUGUGUCCAGGCAGGCCCCCAUGCCGGGGCCCAAGGGGCUCUCUGGCAUGGAGGGGCAGUGCCGGCUCCCGCCUUCCUCCUGCCUCUCCCUGCCGCAGGCGUGCUCUUCAGCAUCGAGGUCACCUCCACCUUCUUCGCCGUGCGCAACUACUGGCGCGGCUUCUUCGCUGCCACCUUCAGCGCCUUCAUCUUCCGCGUCCUGGCCGUGUGGAACAAGGAUGAAGAGACCAUCACAGCCCUGUUCAAAACCCGCUUCCGCCUGGACUUCCCCUUCGACCUGCAGGAGCUGCCCGCCUUCGCUGUCAUUGGGAUCGCCAGUGGGUUUGGCGGCGCCCUCUUCGUCUACUUCAACCGCAAGAUCGUGCAGUUCAUGCGCAAGCAGAAGACCAUCAAUCGCUUCCUCAUGAAGAAGCGCCUGCUCUUCCCCGCACUGGUCACCCUGCUCGUCUCCACGCUGACCUUCCCGCCUGGCUUCGGACAGUUCAUGGCUGGCCAGCUCACACAGAAGGACACGCUGGUGACCCUCUUCGACAACCGGACGUGGGUCAAGCAGGGCCUGGCUGAGGAGUUUGAGUACGUGGGCAUCUCCGAGGCCUGGCGCCAUCCCCGCUCUAAUGUCUUCGUCACCCUUGUUGUCUUCAUCCUCAUGAAAUUCUGGAUGUCGGCCCUGGCCACCACCAUCCCGGUGCCCUGUGGAGCCUUUAUGCCCGUCUUCGUCAUUGGCGCAGCCUUCGGGCGGCUGGUUGGGGAGAGCAUGGCAGCCUGGUUCCCAGAUGGCAUCCACGCCGACAGCAACACCUACCGCAUCGUGCCUGGGGGCUACGCCGUGGUAGGGGCGGCUGCGCUCUCGGGGGCCGUCACCCACACGGUGUCGACAGCCGUGAUCGUGUUCGAGUUGACGGGGCAGAUCUCGCACAUCCUGCCCGUCAUGAUCGCCGUCAUCCUGGCCAACGCCGUGGCCCAGAGCCUGCAGCCCUCUCUCUAUGACAGCAUCAUCCGCAUCAAGAAGCUGCCCUACCUGCCCGAGCUGGGCUGGGGCCACCACGAGAAGUACAAUGUGCGGGUGGAGGACAUCAUGGUGCGGGACAUGCAGUAUGUCACCCUCAACUGCAAGUACCGCGACCUGCAGAUUGUGCUGCACAGCACCAAGCUGAAGAGCCUGCCGCUGGUCGAGUCGGCUGAGUCCAUGAUCCUGCUGGGCUCCAUCGAGCGGGCCCAGGUGGUGGCACUGCUGAGCAACCAGCUGAGCCCAGAGCGGCGCUGGCAGCAGGCACGGGAGCGGGCACAGGCCUCAGCCCCGCAGAAGGGGCCCAGCGAAAAGCUGCAGGAUGAGGGCGAGGGCGAGGAAGAGGGCAGGGCAGCUGACACGGGUGUGCACUUCCAGAUCACCACAGAGGAGUCCUCCUUUACCCCGUCCCACGGAGACACCCGCAAGCCUCUGAAGCCAGCACUCAAGCGAGUGCCCAGCAGCUUGGCCGAGAGCCCCACAGCUGGCAGCACGGAUACCUCAGGGAUUGCCCUCAAGAGCCUCUUCUGUGCCAAUGCCACCACGGAGCCUGCUGAGGAGGCAGAGAGAUCAGCAGGGUCUGAAAAGCGCAAGUCGAAGCGCGUCCGCAUUUCCGUGGUGGAUGAGUACCAGCCAGGCGACGAGAUGAGCCCGUCAGAGAUCAUGGAGUGGGAGGAGCAGCAGCUGGAGCAGCUGGUGAACUUCAACAACAGCAAGAUCGACCCGGCACCCUUCCAGCUGGUGGAGCGCACCUCCCUGCACAAGACUCACACCAUCUUCUCACUUCUGGGCGUGGACCACGCGUACGUCACCAGCAUCGGGCGCCUCAUUGGCAUGGUGUCCCUCAAAGAGCUGCGCAAGGCCAUCGAGGGUUCGGUCACGGCCAAAGGCGUGAAGGUCCGUCCACCCCUGGCCAGCUUCCGGGACAGCACAACCAGCAGCAGCGAGCCCGAGACCACCAGCAUCCACCAGCUGUGGGACCGGCGCCAGCGCCAUGCCCUGCCCCGCGAGUCCAGCCCCUCCGAGACCGACGACAAGUGCCAGUGAGAGGAGCGCCUGUGGCCGCACUGCCACUCACCACCGCCGCAGGGCGGCCUCUCGCCAGGCUGGGGGGCAGGGCAGAGCCACAGGAAGCCACUGCCACCCUGCCGCACCCACUGCUAGAGGAAGAGCUGAGUGGACCCGGCUCCAGGGCUUGGCUGCGGGGGGCAGGGGAGAAGGACCUUGCCUGGGCAUCCAGCCCAGUCCCCUCUGCAGGGGCAUCUCGUCCACAGCCAGACCUGGAUUCUCCCCGCUCACCCGGCCCCAGCCCAGCCCUGGGCACCCCCAGCCUCAAUGGUGCCCUUCCCUCCUGCCCCACCACCCCCCAGCUCUGCCCCCAGUGCCCUCUCUCCCGCUCCAUCCUACUCAAUCGCCAGGCAAUCACGGCCCUGCCCGCAGACCCAUGGACAAUGCACGGCAGGCCUGGUAGCAUGGGGGAGUGGCAGCUGGGCCCCCCUCUCCAGCUGCUCUGAGCCCCCAUCCAGGGGUACUCUCAUCCUCCUCCCCCUGCAGCGCCCAGUGUGAGGUCCCGGCGGGUCCAUGCCCGGGUCUGGCUGGGCCCUGCCAGUGCCAGGAUGUAAAUACAGAGAUUUUUAUAUUAAUUUAAUAAAAGGACUUUAUAACUAGA